CAAGACGGAGUAGUAGAGGAGGCCUGGAGGGGUUUAGGUUUUCUUUCGGAUGGAACUGCGAUCGGGACGUCGUCUCAGACGCUCGCCGCCGCCGCCGCCGCAUGGAGCUCCGUCCCGGCGUCGUUUAGGCGGAGGAGCCGACCUCAUCAGCGCCCUGCCCGACGAGAUGCUUCUCCUAGUCCUUGUUCGCCUACGUUGCGUCCGCACCGCCGUGCAAAGCAGCCUCCUCUCACGUCGGUGGCGCGAUCUAUGGACCGGUCUCACCGAUCUCACCUUCCGCUACAUCGAUCCCGCCACAAUCGGAGCGGUGCUGGCCCGCUUGGCUGCAGCUUCAACACCGGUGUCCAAGCUCGGCGUCCACCUUCAAACGAGAGAGACCGCCUACGAUGCCAACUUGCUGCUGCGCGCCGCCGCAAGGCUCUCGCCGCGGGAGCUGGUCUUCACCCUCUGGUCGUCAUACAUGGGAGACUUGGAGGACAUGAUCGAGCUGCCAUGUUUCAACUGCACCACCUCCAUCAAACUGGACACGCAACGAUUCCGUGUCCGUGUGGCGGCCGGCGAGUUCACCUCGCUCGAGAGGUUGUCCCUAUCCGGCAACAUCGACUUUGGCGCCUUGCUACACCGCUGCCAGGUGCUGCGCGAGCUCAGCGUUACCGACAUGGAUUCGCGGCAGCUAUCGCUGCCUCCGACGACGGAGUUCCUCUCGCUCGAGAAGCUGUCGCUCAACGGCAACAUCGUCAACCUUGGUACCAUGCUCAGACAGUGUCCGCGUCUGCGCGUGCUCAGUGCCACCUUUCGCGGUGUUGAGCCCUGCUCGAUCGAGGCGGCACUCCUCACACUCGAAGGGGCAGUGGCACUCGGCCUCGUCGUGUCCCUCCUUGGUAUCCACAUUGAUAGAGGUGGAUACAAUGUCGACGCCAAUCGAUUCGCCUCUCUUCUCCGCGCAGCGGCGAGACUAUCGCCACAAGAUGUCGUCGUCACUCACGAGAUAUACGGACACGUCACUGUCGACCUGCCAUGCUUUCACCAUGCAACAUCAAUCAUGAUGGACUUGCACUACAACAUUUCCUUCACAGUGCUACCGAACAGCGAGUUCUCUGCACUCGAGAUGUUGUCCCUAUCAGGAAAAUGCAGGGUCUUAGACAUUGGCACCUUGGUCACCUGUUGCCCACGCCUGCGCACGCUAAAGGCAACUGUAGCAGGAAACAUCAUAGUCCACUCGGCAUUGCUGCAGGAGCUUGAUAUCGAUAGAGAUAUUGACACCGGGUGUCGUGGCAUCGACAUAGUAACUCCUGUGCUUAAGCAACUGCAGCUAAAGGUUCGUGCCGGUGGAGACAUUGGCGUGUCCAUCUCGGCGCCAGCAAUAGAGAAGGUCUGGUGGCAGCGAUGGUAUACAGGGUUGCCUCUUGUUUUUGGUUGUUGGUGGCUCGAGAGGAUGAGCAUAGAGACGAUAGAGAGAAGCCAUGUAGACAGCUGGGAAGACUCGUGUUCUCAAAUGCAACAGCUUCCACGCUUUCAUGUCCUAUGCUUGCAGCUAUAUUCAAGUAAUUAUUUGGAUGCACAGCUGGAUUUUGCACAAGAGAUGGAGAAACUACCGGUUACCAACUUCUCUCUGUUGGAGCUAAAUUUUGAAUCAUAUUCACAUGUUUAUGGAGCCCUUGUGCUGCAUCUGCUUCGAAUGCGCCGAAUUCGUGCCACUACGAAAAGGCUGAAGGUCGUCUUACCAUGUUGGCCCAAGGGGAGAAGCCAAGCAUGUCUAGGAAAUUGUUUUUGCUAUAAGCCAGAGAACUGGAGCUGCCAAAGUGCCUUCUGCACACGUCUUGAAGAAGUGGAGAUCCAUGACUUUGAAGGACGGGAUCACGAGCAUGAUUUCUUAAAACUGAUUUUCAGAUGCUCGCCAAAGCUUAAAAGAAUGACCGUGAGACUUGCAUGCACAUUUAAAGGCUGCACUACAAAAUUGCACAACAUUUUCUUGGCACAUCCUUCGGUGAAUUGCUAUGGUGAUUUUAGAUAGGGUGAACUGGUUCCGCAUGCAUCUGGUUAGCGUGCUCCUUGAUGAAACAAAUUGAAUGACGGAGAUGUGCCUAUGUUUCUUAAUUGUUACAUUUAAUUA